AUGUACAUAAAUGAGUACUUCGGCGCGCAUUACUUGCGUCGAUGUGUGAGACAUUUCGGAGUCUCCGGCAGCUAUGGGCCGAGCAUCUACGGAAUCCAGACAACUGAAACGAAUACCCGGCUCAUCCGCCUUCCCCAGGAGGCGCCGCCGCCUCAGAUUGACAUAAAUGCGCGUUUACAUGUGGCGCAAUGGCCGGGCAAGAUACGGGCGCUGCGCUCCGGUUACUUCUUCAGACCCGAGCAGCGAACGAACACGGGGUAUUACCACAUGCUCAUCAAGGGCAAGAAGGACGUUUGUCUCGUGUCUAACGCCGUGAAGAGCCAAACUGCUACGAAGACCAUUGAGAACUGCCUGCACGAGCGCACGCGCGGAUUCUCCGGCCAGGUGCUGCUUCACGGCAGGGGUGUCAAGGCGUUCUUCGAGCCGCAGUUUCCGCACCUCAUGUUCAGGCUGGGAGUGGGUUCAAAUUGUCUGGACGCUACUCGGAUUUGCACGAUGUAUGCCAAGCACGUCAAGGUAGAAGUGGAUCGCACUGGGCUCAUCGUCUCCGUACACGGGUACAACAAAAUGAUGGUAGGGAACGUCGUCUACCGUCUUUUCCGGCUGGUGGAGGCGAAUCCGUACACGCUAAAGGGUGGCCACAUCGCAAAUUAUCCCAUCAAGAAGAAGACGCCUAAAAAGCGGUAG